UGCAGCAAGACAAUCAAGGCGAGAGACAGUGUGACAUCAAGCAAGACAAAGAAGAAACAAUAAUGUUUCAGGCCAUGACAGAAAACAUGUUUCCACUGCGCUGAUAGUAGAUGUGCUAGCGCUAGGACUGCCGUGCUGCUGAGAUGUUGGUAAGCAAGAGCACAGUGCUUAACUUGGGGCAAAAAAACUGGCAUAAAUGUGUAGGGGUGGAGAGAGAGAGAGAGGAGAGAAGGGAGCAUGAUGACAAAAGUUUAAAUUGUUUUGAGAACUCGGUGUCAGUCUCAAUCCCUCUUUGUUUUCUGGGGUUUUUUUAGUGUCUUUCUCGGCCUCUAGCAUUGUAUUGUUCAUAUUAAGGAAAACUGAAAAUGUAGAUUUUGCUUUGUAGUGCUUGAAUUUUUGGAUUUCCGAAAGACAGACAGAGGAGUGAGCUAGAAACUGGCAGCAGUGGCUGUACUGGCUGGAAGCGCGCUUUUUUUUUUUUUCUUUCUUAUUGAAAUGUAAUUGUAACUCCUGUUGUCCAGUGCUGGAUAAUGUAAUGCUACUGGAUUGUUAUGGAUCAACAAUGGGUGCAGUUUAAGGAGGAUAAGAUGCACGAUUCAGAGACUAAGAUGAUGACUCACAACAAUCAUUCGAAGGACAAGUAUCAGCGUGAACGCUCAAAAACUUGAACAACCAGCUGUUCUUACUCAUUGCUUAUGAAUAUUCACACACAUUCAAAAACUGUGUUUACAUAUCUCUUGACUCAGCAGGACUGAUAGAUAGAGAUCUGUCCUAUAUAUUUAUGGGCACACCCCCACACAUAUUCACAGACUGAGUUUUUGGUUGACUUCACCUGCAAACAUACAUCAGAGUAACAAUGGCGGCAGCAGAUUUGGGCACGUCCAGGAGCCCGAAAUUAAGCUCCCAGGCCCCCACCCGUGGAGAUCUUCGGCUGGUGGACAAGACCCUCAGAAGAUUGGAUAAACUCCAACAGCUGUGCGGUAACCCUCGGUUAGGGUUGAGGAAUAGUCCACCAUACCUGCCACAGUUGGUGUCAGAGACCACAGCAUUGCUAAUACAGGUCUGGGAGCCUUACCAAGCCUCCAGGGAAGCAGGUAGCCAAGUACCCAGUGAAGAUGAGGCAGAGUACCUGAGGGUCCAUAUCAAAAACCUCUUUGAUAAGGCAGAGCGGGCUGUGCUGCUGUUUAAAGAGGGACGGAGGAAGAUAUUUGAGGAGACUUCAAGUUGCAGGAGGAAUUUGACCAAACUGACCUUGUUGUUCAGUCACAUGCUGUGGGAGCUGAAGGCCUUUUUUACAAGGGGAUGUUUUCAGGGUGACAACUACAAGCUGGCAUUGAUUGCAGCUGAGGACUUUUGGAGGCAAUCAUUUGGCAGCAAGUGUAUAGUGCAGUGGAACACCUUUAAGGAACAGCUGAGAAAUGUACAUGCAUUUGAGGAAGGGAUGGAGUCCAUGGCUCUGAAGUCAACCAUUGAUCUCACCUGCAACGACCACAUCUCUGUGUUUGAGUUUGAUGUUUUCACACGACUGUUUCAGCCAUGGAGGACACUUUUAAUGAACUGGAACCAGCUCGCUGUGACUCAUCCAGGCUACAUGGCCUUCCUCACCUAUGACCAGGUUGUAGCUCGUCUGGAACACUAUCUGCACAAACCUGGGAGCUACAUCUUUCGUCUGAGCUGCACAAAAAUGGGCGAAUGGGCAAUUGGCCACGUGGCAUUUGACGGUACCAUCAUCCAGACCAUCCCAGAGGAUAUACCUCUCUACCAGGCACUGAUUCAGGGCUUCAAUCACGGCUGCUACCUGCACCCAGAUGGCCGGGAUGUGAACCCUGACCUGGCAAGUUUGUGUGAACCAACCACCAGGGGCAAGGUUAAAGUUACUGAAGAGCAGUAUGAGCUUUACUGUGAGAUCGGCAGCACCUACCAGCUGUGCAAGAUCUGUGCAGAGAGGGACAAAGACACCAGAAUUCAGCCCUGUGGCCAUCUCCUGUGCCAAAUCUGUCUCACAGGAUGGCAGCAGAAGUCAGCUGGCCAGACCUGCCCAUACUGCCGCUGCGAUAUCAGAGGAACAGAGUCCAUCCUCCUGGAGCCGUACGUCCCAGCCAGCAGUCAGGCAGUCCUGGAGGAGGUAGACGAUGACGGCGACGAAGAGGAUCAUGAGGAUAUUGAAGAGGUGGUAAAGGAAAUAGCUGCCCUGAGGAAGUUCUCCAGUUUGGAUUACCAGAUUCCCAGUUCUCACAAUAGCGCUCCACCCCUACCCCCUAAAACCAGCACAAUCCCACGCUGUCCCUCUCCCUCAGUCCACUCACAGACAUCUGAAAUGAAGACACUGUCCAAACACUCCAACUCUCAUUUGGCUCAAAGAAGUGCAGAAACACACCGGCACCAAAGCCAGACAAACAGUUGCUGGACGGAGGGUUUAACCUGCAGGGAAGAGGAGCACUCUGGUGAGCUGAGAUCACGCCUCUUCUCUCACAGUGUGGAUUACCUCAGAGAAGCAAAGUUUCCUUCCUCUUCUCAGAAAGCUGCUGACAGUGAAGCAGUAAUGGAGAGAAGACGUAAGGAGAAGGAGACAAGCAGACCAGGGCUCAGAAAAGACAAGUAUGCUCAGGGAGAGAUGAAGAGAACAAUGUCAUCCUGAGUGGCAAACAGCAUGUGGAGUCUACAGACGUUUUAAGCGAGAAAUAGCUGUGGACUAAAAUACUUCCAUCCAAGAAAUCAGCCUUUAUUGAAUGUAAAAAAUGCUUUUUGGGUCUAAUGCUGCAAACUACCAUGAGCAUGCUGCACUGCUAAAAAUGAGUGGAGUGUUUGGGACUAACAGAAAAAUUGCCCACUGUGGCCUCCUACUGUUCAGUAAUUGCACUGCCAUUAGCAGCAGGGUAGUUUCAGUACUAAUUGCUAAAUAUAGUCUCACAUUUGGUCUUCUUUGGAAUGAAAGCAUUUACUGAGACUCUGAAACAGAAAUUAAGGAGAGCCUUAAUAACUGAAAAUGUGAUUUUUGUGCACAAGUGAAAGGAGCAGACACACACGAAUCUAUGAAAUAUAUGAAAAGAUGUAUGAAAUAAUAGAAAAAAGCUACCUCGUUAGUUAAUCCAUAACAAAAGUUUGUUAUAAAUGUUAUGUGAGUACAUAAAGGCCUCUGUAUUGAUAAAGCAGUCUUAAGCUCUUUGACAAGUAACAUUACAGGUUUCAGCAGUCUUUUAAAAUGAUGGCAUUGAUGGCAAUCAGAAAUUGGUCAGUUUCACAUUAAAGUGCCUCACAGCUUCUUCAGACAUGAUAUUUGACCUACGUGCAAAAGAACUGUUGCAUGUGCACUUUAACCAGACGUUUUGAAGAUUUAUUUCUGUCCACCCCGUCAGUAGAAGUGGAAUGUUUUAAUCUUGAUAUGAGAGAGAAUGUUUUAGGGCAUUCUCUAGUGUGCUGAGCAACUCACAAAGAGGCAGUUAGUGUGACUGCAGGCAGUUGAGACUUGAGCCAAGUGGAAAGUGUUACUAUGUCUGAGUUAGUAAGAUUGCCACAAAAACUGAAAAGGAAACCUGACCAGAGUUCUUAGUCAGACAUGAACUGAUACAUUAAAACGCUGUCUGAUUAAUGUGAAGGAGUGCAUGUCUAACGGGGGGUUUAUAUACAUCUGAAAGUGAUUGUAAUUGCAUUCACCUGUAACUGAUGCAUUCUUGAUCUUCAAGUUCUAUGUGUUGUUUUUUUUUCUACCAUAAAAUAUGGACAAACAAGUCAGAUAUGAGUGUAUACCAAGAGGUUUCUUUUAUUCUUUUUUUUUUUAACUUCUGACACGUGUUGACUCACACUCACAUGAAGAAGAAAACGUGUGAAGACAGUGUGUAAAAGAGAAGGGUGGGGAGGAAGUAGAGAAUAUAGAGAGAGUAAAAAUGAACAGUUUUAUCAGGAGUAGGCUGCUAGAGUGUCUUCAAUCCAGUAGAGGAACUCACACACUUUGACAUAAACACCGGGGUAGUAGGGCAGAGCACACCCCUGACCCCAUGACACCAGGCCGUGGACUUCUCCAACACAUACCAGAGGGCUGCCAGAGUCACCCUGACAAACACAGAGUGAGUGCAUGAGCACGUGCACAACAGUUAAUCCCUCCGCACUUACAGAAUUUGCAGGUAAAACUUA